CAAACUACAAUUUAUAAGCCCAUACACACGGUUAUUCUAGAAGUUAGAUCAAGGGCUUCUAAUCAUGGAUCUUCAUCGGAUAAUCGCCGUUUUUCUUGUUACAGGAAUGGUGAACGCCAUCAAUGUAACAUCGCAUGGUCAACAAUCUCAGUUUGAAGAGUUAAAACACGAAGUGGAGGACCUAUCCAGAAGCCUGACUUCAGCCCUCACUUAUAUACAUCAAAAAUUGGAUGGUACCUCUGUAGGAAAGCAGCCCGUGGCUUUCUCGGCUUGUCUUGGAUCCACUGGCCCUCCUAAAACGCUUGCCCCCCAUCAACCCGUUGAUUUUAACAGUGUGAUUUUUAACGAAGGCGGGGCUUACAACUUCCAUCAAGGAAUCUUCCGAGCGCCUGUCAGCGGUGUUUAUCACUUCGCUGUAAAUUUCAUGUGCACUCCGCCUGGGGAUUGCUGGCUCGAAAUUGUUAAGGAUGGCAGUCGGUUGGUCUAUACUUACGCUAGCGGAAGUGAACACAAUGUGGGUUCCACUGAAGUCAAUAUAAGAUUAGAUGCGGGACAGGGCGUGUGGUGUCGCAGCCCGAUGACGCAGGGGCACACAACUCUUCACCCCGAAGGAAAAUAUUCCUGUUUCUCAGGUCAUCUCAUUUCAUAAAAUAAAAACGUUGGUGGCUAUCAA